AGAGUCAAGUCUUUCUUAGAUGAGCUCAAACUGAAGAAAUACCAAGAGAUUCCUGCAGCUUAUUACAUAUAAUGCUGAAAAUGGUGAGUGCAGUAUUUAUUUGAAUACAGUUUAUUUAAGUUAAAAUAUCUCAAAUGUUUGGGUCCGGGAUGCAUUAUUUAAUCAUUACUAUUUUUUUUCCUAACAUAUUUUAUACACAAUUUUAAUAAGACGUCUGCUUUGAUUUAUUUCAGACUUGUGGACUUAAGACACCAUCAUCACGGAUCAGUCUGACCUUCCUUGGUAAGUUUAUGCUCUGCAAACAGAACCUUAUAACUCAACAAAAUUUAUUGAAUCUAUUCCAGUAGCUCAAAGAUCUAACACAUGUCUCUUUCUACACUUUUAGUGCUGUGUAUGUGGACAGGUGUAGACUCCUGGUCCUACUUCUAUUCCGAAAAACCCAUGAGCUGGACCAAUGCUCGGACCUGGUGCAAGACGCACUAUACUGACAUGGUUGCUAUCCAGAACCAGGAGGAGAUCGCGCAUCUCAACAGCUGGCUGCCCAAGCAACGCAACUACUACUGGAUCGGGAUCCGCAAGAUCAACAAUGUAUGGACCUGGGUGGGGACUAACAAGGCUCUGACAGAGGAAGCAACCAACUGGGCAGAUAAAGAGCCGAAUAAUGGGCAGGGUGGGAAAACAGCUGGAUUGAACGAGGACUGUGUGGAGAUGUACAUACAGAGGGAAAAGGAGCCAGGAAAGUGGAACGAUGAGAGAUGUGGGAAGUUUAAGACUGCUCUGUGCUACGCAGGUGAGUAAUUCUAUGGGUUAGGAGAUGUAAAGUAAUAGAUUCAUCUGCUCAUUUCUGUUAUUUAUGCUCAUAUUUAGAGAAUAUAUGAUUGAAUGGUGGUGUAUUUUCUUUCCAGCUGCCUGCAAGAAUGACUCCUGCCUCUAUGGUGAAUGUGUAGAAACCAUUAACAACCACACGUGUGUUUGCCAUGAAGGUUUUUAUGGAGACAGAUGUGAGCAAGGUAAGAAGAUAAAUCAGAAGGAAGGCUUUUUUAACCCCCAUAAACUUUAAAAACCUCACAGCCAGAAGCAGGUAUCUUAUUGUGCUUUGAUGUGUCUGUGUACAGUCGUGGAGUGUAACAGAGAUGAGGUGACAGUCCCAGAUAAAGGAAGUGUAAGCUGCACUCACGAAUACGGAGACUUCUCCUUCAACACCUCGUGCCAUUAUUCCUGUGAGCAAGGAUAUCAGCCAAAUAUCUCAGGUCCCCUGACAUGCAACGGUUCAGGAGAGUGGUCAGAGCAGCCUCCGACAUGUGAACGUAAGUUUGUAAGAAUAAUAUGUUUACAGUAAACCUCUUAUUUCAAGAAACCGUGUGAAAAGUGAAUCAGUUAGCUUUACUUUCAGCCUGCUUUACAGUGUUUUCUGAUGAUCCUGUUUUCCACAGUGGUUCAGUGUCAGAAACUGUCUCCCCCAACAAGAGGAUCCAUGCAGUGCUCCGAUCCUCUAGGUCCCUCCAGCUACAGUUCCACCUGUGUGUUCACCUGCGAUGAAGGCUAUGCUCUCUCCGGAUCUUCCUCCAAAACUCUGCAAUGUCAAGCAACGGGAAAUUGGAACGACUCUCAACCGCUUUGCUCUGGUACGCUCACUUUUUAAAAAAUUGUUUUGGCAGACUUUACGCAGGAAGAACUUUCUUUUAACAUCUUCUGCUCCUCUGUAUUGCAGUUGUUCAGUGUCCUGAUCUCAAAGGGCUGGAGAAUGGGGUUAUCAGCUGUGGAGACGAUGCAGAUGCGAGGUUCAGCUUCGGAAACACCUGCAGCUUCAGCUGUAAACCAGGCUACCGGCUGAUGGGGUCGAGCAGGGCCACAUGCACAUCAGCAGCUGAGUGGAGUGAGAGGAUGCCUCGCUGUGAAGGUACACAGACCUUUUCAGUGCAAUACUUUUUAUUUCAUGCCAUCAUUACUAGUACACUAAACGCAUUACUUUUUUCAUCUAGCCAUCACCUGUAAGGCUCCAGAAGAAGAUGUUCAACUGAUCACCAAGUGUAGCCAGCCUGUGACAGAUCUGAGGCCAGACUCCACCUGCAGCUUCAGCUGUAGUGCUGGAUUUGAACUGCAGGGCUCGCAAACUAUCCAGUGUUCUGGGGACGGAGAGUGGAGUACAACCAUACCCACUUGCAAAGGUAGGGGACCAGAUUUUGACAUAAAUCUAUACUAUGACAACAAAUAUAUUUAUUUAAAUGCUCAAAAGUUCAGAGGCUGUUCAUUUUGUGAGACUGAACACAAUCUAAAAUCUUGCUUUCUUAUCCCACAGCAGUGAGAUGUCCCUUGCUUGAAGCCCCUGAAAACGGUCUGAUCAACUGCUCCAAUGAGCGAGUGUACAACUCACAGUGCUACUUCACAUGUGAUGAGGGUUACUCUGUCCAGGGGCACGACCUGCUGAUCUGUAAUCAAAAUGGCAGCUGGACUGGAGAGAAACCCACCUGCCAAGGUAAGAGUAAGAAAAAGCUUAGAGAAGUAAUUGAAGAAAAUAAAACACAAGAUUAAGAUUUCAAUGAAAGGGUAUAAAAUUUAACUCUUUUCAUGUUUCCACAGCUCAAAUAAAUAAGGUCACAGCGAUUGCCUCUAGUGUGGCCACCGGGGGCACUCUGUUGACGGGUCUGUCCCUGGCCACGUGGAUCCUGAAACGACUAAGACAGAAAGCUGACAAGUUUGAGCUGAGCAGGUCAGAUAUGCAACCAUAUUUUUUUGUAUUAUAUAUGUUGUUGUCUAAAAAUCUUUGGUUGAAUUGUGAUGCUCAUUUUCUCCUCUUUUCUUUUCUUACAGCGACUCCGACAUAGAGCCUCCCCCACAGAUCUACAAAAACAGCAUCGACAGCCUUAUCUAGGACACGACGAUACUCCUCAGAGACAACACCAAGCAACUGUACUCAUCUGUGAUAACACUAUAUACACAUUAUCCAUCAUGAUAGUGUCACCAGUAAGGGUGUAUAAAACUUGUGAGAGACUAAGUUAUCUGACAUUUGUAAUGAAUUAAUGUUAUGUUGAAUUUCAGGAUGUGCUCUGCCAUGUUCUUCAGACUCUGAUUUCCUCCCAAUGGGAGUUUUACAUUGAACACAUUGUUCUCCAGCUAUAUAGACAUGUUGGAAAGGAGGCCACAUCAAUGUUACCAGAAUGUUACCACUGAAUGUUGAUAACCCUCCUAUUGCAGGACUGUGAAUAAUUUUAGGAUAUUAAUAUCAGUUCCAAUGGGCUAUUUAUUCAUUUAUUUUUCUGUAUGUUUGAGACAGUACUGUUUUUUUAUUCAUAAUAAAAAAUCAAAUGUU